AUGGUCGCUCGUAAGAAUCUCUUCACGUCACUUGGAGCUGCCGUUCUGGCGGGCUUAGUACAGAAUGUCGAGGCAGAUUGCAAAUGUUUUCCUGGUGAUUCUUGCUGGCCAUCUGAUGCGGCGUGGGCGACUUUAAACAAGACGACUUCGGGGAACCUCAUCAAGAAUGUUCCAGUCGCCGCACCAUGCUACCCAGGCGCCCAUCAAGAUGCUGCUGCUUGCGCCAACAUCAAGGCAAACUGGGCCGACUCGAUCUUCCAGGCCAAUUUCCCCACUGGAUUUGACUUCCCUCACACAUGGGCUUGUGAUCUUCCUGGGCGAAACUCGUCAUCCUGCUCGUUGGGCGACUCUGCGGUCUACAGCAUCAAUGCCACCACCCCUGACGCCAUCAGCGCUGGGUUGAAAUUUGCCAAGCAGUACAACCUCCGCGUUACGAUCAAGAACACGGGGCACGAUUUCCUCGGUCGAUCCGCCGGUGCUGGCAGUCUGGUAAUCUGGACCCGUUACUUACGCCCUUCCGCCCAAUCUCCCAUUGUCUUCCACGACACAUAUACUCCAACCCAGUCUUGUGCAGCUGUCCAAAAGGGCGGCAGCUCUUACUGGGGUGGCAGCUCAGUGCAGCUUGGUGGUGCCGUCACAUUCGACGACGUCUACCCGCAGGCACACCAAAACGGGGUCGUUGUCGUUGGCGGAACCUGCCACUCUGUUGGAAUGACGGGAGGUUAUCUCCAAGGAGGCGGACAUGGUGCCGCUAUGCAUCAGUACGGACUCGGCGCGGAUCAGGUCCUGGAAUACAACGUGGUUCUUGCCGAUGGCUCUCAAGUCCUGGCGAGUCCUUGCUCCAACCCAGACCUAUUCCAAGCCCUCCGCGGCGGCGGCCCAGGCACGUAUGGCGUUGUCACCAGCGCGACUGUGCGGACUUAUCCCGACACACCCAUGGUUGGUGUUGUGCUGUUCAUGUCGCCGCAAAAGGGCGUGGAUGACGUGCAGACGUUUCUCGACGCCGUGACCGUCUGGUAUCAGCAGACGCCGGCCAUCCUCGCCGGUGGUGUGCAAGGCUACGCAGCCUGGGUGGCUUGGGAUGGUGUAUCGUCCCUGGCGCCGCCCUCACGCAUGCUUGAGAUGAUUACCGGUGUCUUCAACCAAACCGUGGACCAAGUGCAGUCGACCAUGGCCCCCGUCAUGGCCAAUCUGGAGCCCUUUAAGUCGCGAGGCCUCGACAUUUCUCUGCAGCUAAUUCCUUUCCCGGAUUACUUCAGCUACUCGUCGGCAUUGCAGAACAACUCCAUGGCAAUCGGAGGAGGCAUUCUCAUGUCAUCACGAUUCUACGAGCAAAAGCAUCUCACCACUGCCAAUACAGCCGCGAUCCGACAGAUGGUCAACGCUACCGCAGGUCUCCCUGGCCAGAACACCUCAGUUGUUGUUGAUAUCACCGGUGGUGGUGCUGUGGUCAACGCACCGCCGCUUACAGGCGUGAACCCUGCCUACCGCCGCGCGCUCCUGACCAAUAUUGUGGCCCGUAACUGGGAUGAUAUUACACCGUAUGCAGAUAUCGCUGAGGCGCGGGACGACAUUACAUUUGGGAAGGGCAAGGCUCAGGAGGUUUUUGCGCCGAGUACGGGCUCGUACAUGAACGAGGGCAACUAUCUCGAUCCCAACUAUCUGUCCAACUUCUUUGGAGACGCGCUGCCUACGCUUGCAGCUAUCAAGAAGAAGUAUGAUCCGACAAGCUUGUUUUACUGUCAGACAUGUGUUGGGUCUGAUAGUUGGGUUCAGCAGCCAGAUGGACAUCUUUGCAAAGCUUAG